AUGAGCUCUCAUGCACGUUCUCCAGAAGAUGUGCAGCACCAGCAGGUGACCCAGUCCUCCAUCCUCCUCCUGCUUCAGGAGGCCACCAAACUGUCCCCUCCAGUGGACGGCGAGAGCUGGAGUUCUGGACCGUCACAUGUAGAGAGUGAAGACAGCGGGUCACUCGUCCUCUCCGGCCGUCAAGUGUCUGAGUUCAGCAGCAGCAGCAGCGCGUGGGACGUGAUGCGUCUGAUCAACCAGCAGUGUGAGCGGCUGCUGCAGUCCAGCUGUGAGGACACCGCUCAGGUCAGUCUCCACCCAUUAGACGUCACCGACACCGUGGUGAUGUCCAGACCUCCGUCUGAGCUCGAGUGUCCUGCCAUUACCUGCAGCAGCGUCCCAUCCAGCGCAUGUUUCUCAGUCAUUUACGAGCUCACAGAUGCAGAGGAACUCAAAGAACCCGGCGAUCUGGCUGAGCUCAUAAAGACACACACAGCGGAUCACAUCAGCGCCAGUGAGGAGACAGAAAACCCGUCUGUGCUGCACAUCGAGGGCAGUUCUGAUCGGGAUGAAACCGUUGUCCCUUCCACAGGAAGUGGUUGUCCCCUUGACUUAACUUCCUGUCUGGUGUCUGGGCGAGAUGCUGAGAGCGAGUGGUUCCCUCUGAACGCAGCUGAAAGCUCACAGUUUUCCUCACAGCUGACAGACCUCAAUAAUAAUCUCUUAGAGAGCGUGAAUAAGGAUCGCAGACGGAAGCAGGCUCAUCCCGAGCGCAGCCCUGACCCGCAGGACCCCAGCGUGCAGGGAGUGACCUUCAGCAUGGCCCCGCAGCUGGACGCUGGUCAGAGCCGACUCAUCAUCACCUCCAACUACAGUGAAGAGAUCCAGCGCUGGAGGAGAAGCAGGAGCAGCCGCAGCCGGAGUCAGAGGAGCAGCUCAGAGGAGGAGAGCGACCCCUGCAGUCUGUCCCAGAGUAAGAUGUGUGCGUCCUGCUGCACGAGGAAGACUCCUCUCUGGAGAGACGCUGAGGACGGGACGCCGCUCUGUAACGCCUGUGGCAUCAGGUAUAAGAAGUACCGCGUGCGCUGUCAGCAGUGCUGGAACAUCCCCAAGAAGGACGCAAACACACACUCCACGUGUCAGAGAUGCGGCCAGGUCCUGAAGCUGAAGCGCAGAAGCUGGAAGACACUCAUGAGCUCCGCUGAAGUCUGA